AUGUCUGCAAUCGACUCUUCUUCGGUCAGUCCAGUAUGCUCGCCGUCGGAGUUCCGGAUCCACAACAGAAGAGGUUCGCUGCUGGACGUUGGAGGUGAGAACUCGAUUAACAAUUUUGCCUCUGCCGUUCGACGCUCGGUUAAUUAUCUCUCCUCGUCGGUAGGGUCCAGAACGACGCUCGACUCCGAGUCUGUGGUACCAAGCAGCCCGCGCGUGACACCGCAAAUGCCGCCCGAAGAGCACACGCCGCUGCUCGAGCCACCCAAGGAUGACGUCUCGGAGAUCGUUAUCUCUCUUAGGAGCACUCCCAUGCAGACAGUUUUCAACUCCAUCAACGUUCUGAUCGGACUGGGCAUUUUAUCUAUCCCGCUGGCAUUCCGGCUGGCCGGCUGGGUCAUGGGCACGGCCAUACUGACGCUUGCAGCGCUCUCAACGCGAUACACGGCCGUGCUACUGGGCCGGAUCCAGACGCGCAACCAAUCUCUGAGAACGUACCACGACAUUGCACAGCACGCGUUCGGCACGCGCGCCAGCGUGCUAGUGUUUGUCGUGUUUGCGUUGGACCUAUACGGCGCGAGCGUGACGAUGGUGAUUCUGUUUGCGGACUCGUUCCACGCCAUUUUCCAGGGUCUCUCGCUGACGUUUUUUAAAGCCGUGCUGUGCGCGGGACUGGUGGUGCUGAACGCGCUGCCGCUGCGCAUUUUGUCGUUUUUGAGUUUUGCCGGCAUCGUGUGCACCACGGCGACUUUUUGCGUGGUGCUGGUAUCUGGGCUGCUGCACCGCACUCAGCCCGGCUCGCUGCUGCACCCGGCACCGACAAACCUGUGGCCGGCGUCGCUGCUGGACCUGUGCUUCAGUCUCGGCCUAUUUCUUGCGCCCUGGGGCGGACACGCCGCGUUCCCAGAGGUGUACGCCGACCAGAAACGGCCCGAAAAAUACGCCGCGUGCAUGUCGACCGCGUUCUUGUUCAGCUACUCGAUGGACCUCGCCACAGGCAUCGUAGGGUUCCUCAUGUUCGGGCAAACUGUGCAGGACGAGGUGACAAAAAAUGUCCUGCUUAAUAAAGCGUACCCGGCAUGGACUCGAACGACGAUCGUCGUUUUGAUGGGCAUUUUGCCGCUCUCAAAGUUGCCGCUCGUGUGCCGCCCCAUUCUGUCAGCCCUGGACCGUCGGCUGUCCCCGCUGGCCGCCAGACUCGCCGUCAGUGGCGUGCUACUUGUGUCGUCGCUGAUAAUCACAAAUUUCGGCAAAAUCAUGUCGCUGCUCGGCUCCGCUAUCUGCUUCAUCGUCUGCAUCACGCUGCCCUUGCUGUUCUACCUACGGCUCUACCACAGUGAACUUUCCCCGACCGCACAGUUUCUGCUCGCUCUCAUGGCCUUUGUGAGCGCGCUGCUCACCGUCGCCGGGUCGAUCGCCGUGCUCCUGGUGUGAGGAGUAGAGGGAUCGAACCCUCCCUCAGAUUUUCCUGUAAUUAAAAUAAG